CAUAAAUAUGUAGCAACCACAGAACUGACACUUACUAGCAGUUUCCACUCACUACCAGGAAGCUGACUUACCGUAUACGACCUCUCCCCUUCACGCUACUGCAGGGUGGGAGAUGCAACAAUGGUCUUGAGAACAGCAGGAAGUGUGUUGGUGGUCUUUCUCUGGUCUGUAGCAGUGGUACUCGGGCAGUAUGGAUGGAGUGUGACCUACACCAAGAAUAGUAUCUGUGCCUUGAAGGGGUCAACAGUGGAGCUGUCCUGUUCUUACACAUAUCCCAGAGGUCAUAGAGUCAGAACAAUUGGAUGGUCUUAUUGGAAUAGUGAUGCGGGUCGAUUUGUUGAAAUCCAAUCUAAUAAUGAGGGUCGUGUGGAGUACCGUCAGACAACAGAGAAGGACUCUACCCUGAGAAUCACAGACCUGAGACAGAGUGACAAAGAUACAUAUUACUUCAGAUAUAAAACAGACAAGUCCGAUUGGAAAACUGCCCAACGUGGAGUCACUCUCUCUGUCACUGAACUGCAGGUGGAGGUGACAGGACAAUGGAAUGUGAAAACACUGACCUGUAGAACCAGCUGCAGCCUGCCUGGUAAUCCCACCUACGUCUGGUACAAGAACAGACAAUAUCUAGAUGAGAGGACUUCCUCUAUAUACUCUAGAUAUGUCUACAUUGAGAAUGCAGGCAGCUACUCCUGUGCUGUAAAAGGCCAUGAGGAUCUCCACUCUCCUGCAGUCUGUGUUCAUAAUUCAAACUGCUGGAGUGUGACUUACACCAAGAGGAGAAUCUGUGUCUUGAAGGGCUCCACAGUGGAAAUAUCCUGCUCUUACACUCAUCCCACUAGUUAUAUAGAACAAGGUUCAUUCUGGUUUACACAGAAAGACCCUGUAGAUGUCAGUUCAUAUCCAGAGUCUGCAGGUCGUGUGCAGUACAAUAGGAACACAGAGAACCACCACACCAUGACAAUAACACACCUGACAGAGAAGGACUCGGCUGAAUACAUAUUCAGAUUAAUAACAUACAAGGGGAGAUUUUCUGGCCUUCCUGGUGUGAUGUUGACUGUCACAGAUAUCCUGUUGGAGAUGGAUCCUACGUCUGUGUCAGAGGGGGAGAGAGUCACGCUGAGAUGUAGAACCCAAUGUGCAGUCGCUCUGAACCCCACCUGCAUCUGGUACAAGAACGGACAACGUCUGACCAACCCAGUCACCAGUUAUAACAGCCUGAUCCUAGACCCAGUCACCAGUUAUAACAGCCUAAUCCUAGAACCAAUCAGCAGUGAGGAUGCAGGGAACUACUCCUGUGCUGUAGAAGGUUUUGAGAGAAUCCUCUCUCCAGAAGAGACUCUCACUGUCAGAUAUGGCCCAAAGACCACCUCAGUGUCAGUCAGUCCCUCUGGUGAAAUAGUGGAGGGCAGUUCAGUGACUCUGACCUGCAACAGUGAUGCCAACCCACCUGUGGACAAAUACACCUGGUACAAGAAGAAUGGAGGUCACAAUCAGAGUAUCUCCAAUCAGAACACAGGACCACAUCAUACCUUCAACCAAGUCAAGUCAUCUGAUACUGGGGAGUACUACUGCGAGGCCCAGAAUGAGUUGGGGACAGACAGGCCUGAGUCUAUCAACAUGGAUGUGAAAUACGGCCCAAAGAACACCUCAGUGUCAGUCAGUCCCUCUGGUGAAAUAGUGGAGGGCAGUUCAGUGACUCUGACCUGCAGCAGUGAUGCCAACCCACCUGUGGACAAAUACACCUGGUACAAGACGAACAUAGCCUCAGCAAAAGCAUCAGGACAGAGUUACAGCAUCACUAACAUCAUCUCUGAGGACAGAGGAGAAUAUUACUGUGAGGCCCAGAAUAGAAGAGGAUCUAUGAACUCUACAGCUCAGAUGAUCAUUGUAGCAGUGAAACAAACCUCAGUUCUGACUGCAGCUGUAGGGAUCACAGUGGUUGUUCUGGUUCUCAUCCUCUGUCUCUCUGGACUCAUGUGGUUCAGGAAGAAGGCCUCCAAACCCACCUCCAACACAGGAGACACAUCAGAAAAUGAACAGGGAGACUCUAGUCCAGUGUAUGACAACAUCUCAGGCAUGGCCAUGACCUCUACUGCAGCACAGACAGUGGCCACAGAUGACCAGGAUGACGUUCACUACGCCAGCGUCCACUUCCAGGAAGUCCUUCUGUACUCGACCAUCCAACCGUCUCAAGCCCAGGAACAGGACGAGGAUAUCCAGUACGCUACUCUGAAAUUAAACCUCCUGAGUGAUGCCACCUGCCCCACAGCAGCAGACCCUGGUGCUGCUGAGGAGGACUACUUUGUUCUCUACAGCACAGUCAACAAAUCCAGAACCAAGAAGACCUGAACAGAACAAACCCAGAACCAAGAAGACCUGAACACAACAAACCCAGAACCAAGAA